GUUGCUUUUGUAGAAAGGGAGCCUUGUGUCACCCAUUGAAUCCCCCUGCCCCACUCUGUGGAAUGGAGGAGUGUUAUGGACACUGAUACUAACACCUCCCCCUCCAGCCGCUGCUUUGAUGGAAUCACCCCUGUUCAUGCAGCAGCGUUUUCAGGCAAUCAGUGGAUCCUCAGCAAACUGCUGGAUGCAGGGGGUGAUCUUCGACUCCAUGACGAGAAGGGUCGAAACCCGCAGACCUGGGCCCUGACGGCAGGGAAGGAGCGCAGCACCGCGAUGGUGGAGUUCAUGCAGCGCUGUGCCUCGCACAUGCAGGCCAUCAUCCAGGGUUUCUCCUAUGACCUCCUGAAGAAGAUCGACUCCCCUCAGCGGCUCAUCUGCGGCCCACCCCGGUUUGGCGGUCUCAUACAGGGGUGAGUGCUGUCUUGAGCGGAGUGGGCUAUCUGGCAUCACCCCAGCCUUCCUUGUAGGAGCCCUGCAGUGUGGGCCACCAAGAUUCCUUCCACGUUGGUCCCAUCCGACAUCUGGCCCACUCUCAGUGGUGAACUCUGACAGAGAGGAUGUGGCCACCGCAGAAGUGGCCAGAAGAGCACCUUCGGCCACCCUGCCCCCAUGCAGGAAGUGGCGGGGCGGGGAGCAGGGG